CUUCGGAUAAGUAAUAUCAACGGCUUUUUGUCUCACUCUGCUCUUGUCCUCGUACCACGAUGAUGCGAACUUCCUCCAUUCGUAGUCAAGAUGACCCUUUAUCUCUCGCUAUAAGACCCCCUCCAGAGGAAACAGACACAGAUCGCCAUAUUCGGUUGCAACACGAAGCCGAAGCGCGUCGAAUCUCAGAACAGAUAGACGAAGAACUCAGGUUUGAGAGGGAAAAGUUGAAAAAAUCCAAAAGUGAUGUCAAGCUACUUCUCCUCGGCCAAGCUGAAUCUGGCAAAUCAACACUGCAAAAACAGUUCCAGCUCAUGUAUAGUCCUGCUUCCCUCGAAAGCGAGCGCAUGUCAUGGAGAACCGUCGUCUAUUUCAAUGUCGUCCGCUCUAUCAAGAAGAUUCUUACAACGCUAGAAGCCUGGGACGACAUCGAUGAUGGGACUGACUCCCAGAGCACUCUCGAGCGUCAGGAACUCGGCGAUUACCUUCCUCCUCGGGCUUCAAGUUCCGCAACACCCAGCAUACACAGCUCACAAAUCGGUGUAGCCCUUUCGCCACCCUCACCUACGUCACCCACUAGUCCAACUGCAUCUAGUCCUAUCCGGGGAUCUACUGCGAUAUCGGAUCUCCGACGACGGCUUUUGCCACUUACAAAUACUGAGCCUCAGCUUGCUGAUCGCUUGAGUGGGGGUGUUUCUGUGUCGGGGUCCGGCAAAGGCGAAGUUUACGUUCGAAGCGGAUGGCAAGCGAGGACCAUCCAAAAAGGUCAGAAGCUGCUCCGCAGGCACCCAAAGUCCAGUUCACCCGAGGACGAACUGACGAUUGAGCGUCCUGGAACAGCUCUGUCAGUUAUUGAUGCUGACCCUCUUGUGGAUGAUGUCGCGAGAAUGUUGGAACAGUCAAGGGAAGAUAUCCGGACAUUGUGGGAGAACCAGGUUGUCCGUGCCUUGAUGAAGAGCCGAAAAUUAAAGUUGGAUGAGUGGUCGGAGUUUUUCUUGAAUGACAUCUCACGUAUUUCCGCGCGGAAUUAUGUACCGUCCACUGACGAUAUUCUUCAUGCACGCAUUCAAACUAUGGGCGUUGCUGAGCAUAUUUUUGACGUUGAUAUUCACGGAAAGACUGUGACGUGGCAUCUCUUUGACGUCGGUGGCGCCAGGGGACAGCGUCAUUCGUGGGUACCGUACUUCGACGACGCAAACGCUAUCAUUUUUGUUAGCCCAAUCAGUGCUUUCGAUCAGUACCUCGAGGAAGACCCUCGUACAAACCGUAUCGAUGACUCACUUCAACUUUUUACACAAAUUUGCUCCAAUCAGCUCCUGAAGAAAGUUCACUUGGUCUUAUUCUUGAACAAGACCGAUAUCUUAAGAAAGAAACUCGAACGAGGGCUAUGCGUCUCGAAAUACAUUCUCUCGUACGGCGACCGUCCAAACGAAUACGACUCGGUUGUACAGUACUUCCGUGCCCACUUCCUUCAAGUCCACAGACGGAAUAACGAAAACAGGCGUGUGCUGUACACCCACCUGACUAAUGUUGUGGACACCAAAGCAACCCAAAGUAUCAUAGGAAACGGUACGUUCCAAAAAUGCAACCACGGUCUUUCGGCAAUUAAUCUAUCAUGCAGUGCGAGACUCGAUUUUCCGAGGAUACUUGCAAUCUGCCGCUCUCGUGUGAUUGUUUGCCGAUGUUCUGUUUGAUACCCGAUGCAUCAUGAUAUUGCGUAACUUUGCCUCGCCCUGCUUUGCCUUCUUGUCGAACUGCUUUUCCAUCAUGAUAUACACCGUCACCUGUACAGAUUGUUUCCGUUAUCCCACGUACAUUAUCCUUCACUUUUAUAUUAUAUGUGUUGUGUCGAACUUUCAUCUUCCUCAAACCAUUUCGUUCUUUUCUGUGUAACAUCAAUGGUGUAUUGCCGUGGUACUGUGACGAGCUUGUUAUCAUCGUUCUUGCUGCUCCUCGCUGUUCCAUCCCGUACUGUACACGUACUGGAAGUAAUAUACCUCGACCUCUUUAGUCGAUGGUGAUUAGAUUCUGCUCAAUCAUGAUUAAUGGAUGACGUAGAUUCCAUGGGAGCGUGUAUGUUGUUGGAACGAACGGCAAGGGCCGUUAGAUCUGCCCAAGGUUUUCAUUGGCCCACCUCUCAUUAUGUGAAUCAGAAAAUAUAGUCCUUUUUUU